CUGCCUCAAGACAGAGAGAGAAGAGCACACUGUAACUUGGUUGGAACUGCACCAUUAUAAAUCAAUUAGCCUACAAUUACUUCGCGUUCCCAUUAGAUACAAGCUUUCUGUAUAGCGGUGUAUAUCCAACGGAGAACACUUAACGGAUUUGGCUGAACUUCUGAUCUCUUGUUCUUCUCUGCUCAUCCACUGACCGUUGGUCCCUCUGCUCUCAGUGGAAAGCUCGCUGCGCACUCGCGCCUGGCUUAGGACGGCGUGAGAAUUGGGGAUACGCUCGAGAGAGACUUGCACCCGGUCAGGCUGAGUGAACAGGGGAGUUGGCCCGGGUCUUCCGCGCGCAUGGAGGGAGACGUAAUGGACAAGCUGGAUAGCAUGGCUGCGGUGUGUGACUUCGAUCCCAUUGCGGGAAAAAUCCCGGCCACCAAAGUGGAGAUCACAGUGUCAUGCAGGGAUCUAUUAGACAGAGACACAUUCUCCAAAUCGGAUCCAUUGGUGGUGUUGUACACUCAGGGGGUGGAGACCAAACAGUGGCGAGAGUUUGGGAGAACGGAGGUGAUUGACAACACUCUGGAUCCAGACUUUGUCAGGAAGUACAUCCUGGACUACUUCUUUGAGGAGAAGCAGAAUCUACGCUUUGAUGUAUAUGAUAUCGAUUCCAAGAGUCCAGAUCUGGCAAAGCAUCCCUCCGACAUUGACGACUUCUUGGGGCAGGUGUUCUGUACCCUGGGAGAGAUCGUAGGAUCACCCGCCAGUCGACUGGAGAAACCUCUGGGUGGCAUCCCUGGGAAGACAUGUGGCACCAUCAUCCUAUCAGCGGAGGAGCUGGGGAACUGCAGAGAAGUCGCCACCAUGCAGUUCUGUGCCCACAAGUUGGACAAGAAGGACUUCUUUGGCAAGUCAGACCCAUUUAUGGUCUUUUACCGGAGUAAUGAAGAUGGGACGUUUACUAUCUGCCACAAGACGGAGGUGGUGAAGAACACUCUGAACCCAGUGUGGCAGGACAUCUCCAUCCCUGUCAGAGCACUCUGCAACGGAGACUUUGAUAGGACAAUCAAGGCAGAGGUGUACGACUGGGACAGAGAUGGCAGCCAUGAUUUCAUCGGCGAAUUCACCACCAGCUACCGAGACCUGUCACGGGGCCAGAGCCAGUUCAAUGUGUACGAGGUGGUGAACGCCAAGAAGAAGGUAAAGAAGAAGAGAUACAUCAACUCUGGGACGGUAACUCUGCUGUCGUUCACGGUGGAGUCAGAACACACGUUCCUGGACUACAUCAAAGGAGGAACCCAGAUUCACUUCACGGUGGCCAUUGAUUUCACUGCAUCCAAUGGUAACCCGUCCCAGUCCACCUCUCUACACUACAUGAACCCGUACCAGAUGAAUGCGUACGCCAUGGCCCUGAAGGCUGUAGGGGAGAUCAUCCAGGACUACGACAGUGAUAAGAUGUUCCCUGCUCUGGGGUUUGGAGCCAAGCUGCCCCCUGAUGGACAGGUCUCCCACGAGUUCCCCUUGAAUGGCAACAUAGAGAACCCCUACUGCAACGGAAUGGAGGGGAUUCUAGAAGCAUACCAUCAGAGUCUAAAGACUGUACAACUCUAUGGACCAACCAACUUCGCUCCGGUCGUCAACCAUGUGGCAAAGUACGCAGCGGCGGUACAGGACGGCUCUCAGUACUUCGUCCUCCUCAUCAUCACAGAUGGCGUCAUAUCAGACAUGGCCCAGACCAAGGGGGCCAUCGUCAACGCUGCUAAGCUUCCAAUGUCUAUCAUCAUUGUCGGAGUCGGCCAAGCUGAGUUUGAUGCCAUGGUGGAGCUUGACGGUGAUGACAUCAGAAUCUCCUCACGAGGGAAGCUAGCAGAGAGAGACAUUGUACAGUUUGUCCCGUUCAGAGACUACAUGGACCGGACAGGGAACCACGUGUUGAGUAUGGCCCGGCUAGCCAAAGAUGUCCUGGCUGAGAUCCCUGAUCAGCUCAUCCUCUACAUGAAGAAUAGAGGUAUCAAACCCUGCCCCCUGCCUCCACCCUAUGAGGAACCAGGCCCUGAAGACCAGGACCACACCCAGACCACCCCUAUCUGAGCCCCAGACCUACCCCCAUCUGAGGCGCCAACCCUGGGGAAGGAGGUCACGGUAGGAUGGGUGGUAGCCUGGAUGGUGGACCCCCUCAUAGAGGAAUGCAAAAUGGAAAUGUGGAAGUGCUUCAAGGCAGUUUUUUUCUUCUUCUUUAAAUAUUCAUCUGGUUGUCACGCUGAACGAAUUGAUAAGACUCCAUUUUGUUUGGAGCGAGACUCAGACAGACUUUGCUUUGAGGAAAAAGCUGACGAUCAGAGAGUUUUCCUUUUGAGUUUCAUCUCCUGAUGGAAGGGCAGAGAGGGUGAUGAGAAGUGGAGAGGCACAGAGGAGGAGGAGAGAGGAGAAAAAGAGAUCAGUGAUGUAAAUGAAUGUUAGAUGUUAGCAUGCAGAGGUGUCAAAGUGGUGAUUCCGUAGGGUAGCAUUCCUUACAUGGAGAGGGUGUUUUUGAGGACAUUCAUUAUUAGAAUGUGCCCGUUUCUAUCAUUUUCGUGUAUAUGAUACAUUUUAGAGUGGUGGUGUACGUUGGACUAAGGAAUCGUCUGUAUAAUGACGUAUUUAUUGUGAAAACAACAGCAUCUAUUCAUGUUGGGGAUCCAAAGUCAUCAUAUUUUUCCUCUUAUUUUCCCAUCCAUUUUUUGGGGGGGGGGAUCAAUGCUAUGAAUAAUUGUUCAUUUAUACUUUGAAGAGUACUGUAAUAGAACGCAUGUGAUAAAUAUAAACUAUCCAACUGUUUAGGAAUAGUUGUAAAAGAUGAAGAUGAAUGCUUUUACAUUUUUGACUGUAACAGUUAUACAGAUGACCAGAUGUUUGUAUGGUAGUUUAGCUUCCUGCACCCUGUACAAGACAUACUCACCCUAUACAUUUACAAUAGGUAUCAACAAAAUGCACUAACAGUCCAAAUAAAAAAGCACAAAGGUCAUAUACAAGACAUAUAUUGAUAAGAUGAAAUAUAAACCAUAAUUAUAUCCUAGCAACCAACAGCUACCCCUCAAAGACAAUGGAAAGGAUUGCACAGCUACAAAAUGGAAAUGUCUUCCAGUUCUAGAACAUUGUCACGAAUGAGAAUGAAUCUAUUUAAAUUUGCCAUUUAGCAGACGCUUUUAUCCAAAGCGACUUACAGUCAUGUGUGCAUACAUUUUUACGUAUGGGUGGUCCCGGGGAUCAAACCCACUACCCUGGCGUUACAAGCGCCAUGCUCUACCAAUUGAGCUACUUCACAUUCUGCAUUAUUAUUGUUUAAACAUCUGGUCAUGCACGACCAGAGCCACAUCUUCAAAGGCAUAGUAUUUCCAUAGUAUUAGUGUGUAGCGAGGUAUGUCAUCUAGCCAGCUGCAUCCACACGUAUCUUGGUUGGUAUAAUCCUUCCCAUUGUAUUUUGCUGUGGUUGGUGUUGCUGAGAUUAAGCAGUUAGCUCAAGGAGCCAACACAAGUCUUCAGGUGUUCGGACAAGGUUACUCAUCGUGUGUGCAUUGUUCCGAACCACGUUUUACAGUUUAGUCAUUUAGCAGACGCUCUUAUCCAGAGCCACUUACAAGAGCAAUUAGGUUUCAGUGCCUUGCUCAAGGGCACCGACAGCUUUUUCACAUAGUCGGCAAAGGGAAUUCGAUUCCAGCGACCUUUCGGUUACUGGCCCAACGCUCUUAACCGCUAGGCUACCUGCCACCCUGUUAUAUCUAGCCAUGUUUAAGUUGUUGAUGCAGUGCCAUGUUUAAGUUGUUGAUGCAUUGUCAUAUUUAAGUUCUUGCCAUAUUGCCAUAUUGAAGUAGUAGUUUCCUGAGCACACAGCGGAGCAGCACUGUCUCGGUCUCUUCAGUCUGACCAGGUUAAACUCCCGUAGAGGGGACACACCAGAAGGAUAAUCUGUCUACACUAUUGAUUGCCCAAGUCUUUUCUACAGUGGAACGAAGUGUGUAAUGUGUCAAAACAAACAUGAAAUUGCCACCAUGCCAACGCAGUCCUACAAUGUACAGUGGCGCGUUCAGCAAGCCCAUUAUUUACUCACAGAUAGAUCACAAUAAUCCAAUAGCUCUAUCCCAAUGUGCCUACAGUAUGGAAACUCUUGCAUAUCCAGAUUAGAUUUCCCUUAUUUUAUUUUGUUAGCAACGGUUCCCUUCCCAUAUUUUAUUAUACGAAGAUAUGAUUCCUAAUGUCUGGAAUGAUAACUGUUUCAUAUGUACAGCAAAGCCAACUGAAAAAAAAGGUUUAAAAAAAAAAAAUGACUACGUACA